AUGGCCGAGAGGCUCACAGCCAGCCCCAGUUCGCCUGAACCCAUGGCUAAGAGGCUCUCAGCCAGCCCCUGUUCGUCUGAACCCACGGCUGAGAGGCUCACAGCCAGCCCCUGUUCGUCUGAGCCUGACAGUCCUGGAGGUCUGAACCGAGGAUGCCUCCUCGAACCUGGCGACGUCCAUUACCCUAAUCUCUCCAUCAUUGUCCCAGAAACCCCCAGCCCUCAGCUGGGCAAACGGAGGAGACGUUGUCUGACCAGAGAGGAGCGCCGCAGCCCUGUGGUCGCGGCCGGCUCCCCAGAGCUGGAAAAACCUGCCGGCAGCCCGCGAAGUUUCUCACACGGGUGCAAGCGCAGGCGAUUGGCCGAGCAGAGCGGCUUUGUUCCGGCCUCCUCACUGGGAGGCUUUUCUCUGGGCUCUUUGCUGGAAUCGCCCUGCUCUUCCUCCUCCUCCUCCUCCUCAUCUGCCUCCUACCUCAAGCCUGCCUCAGUCCUCCGGCUGAAACAGAUCCAGACAUCAGCGUCUCCCUCUGCUGCCGCCGAGCCGGGCUCAGAAUCUCUGUCCUUCCUCACAGAGGAGGAGAGGAGGUGGCUGAACGGGGAGCAAGGAGACGCCACGUCUGCGGGUGUGGAGCAGAUCGUCAUUAGCGACGAUGAGGAGGCUGUCGUUCGCUCGUUACAGCAGGAGGAGGACGAGGCCAUGGCCCGCAGCCUGCAGGCUCAGUUUGACCGAGAGGAGUCGGUAAGCGGACACCAGCACCAUCAUUACCACCAUCACCACCAGCUGGGGCAGCAGAGCUACCACAGGCUUCAUCCCUACAUGGAGACCAGCUGGAUGUCUCAGGUCCUGGCGGCCGUGUCUCCUCUGGCGGCCAUGGAAGACGACGCCAUCGGUCGGCACAGGCGGCGCGGGCGGAGCCGGAGGAGGAACGGACCGCCCGACCUAUCAGACGACUUUCAGGGAAACGACUACGAGGUGAGGAGGAGGAUGGGGAGGAGGAGGAGAAGGAGGAGGAGGAAGGGCAGGAGCCCCUCCUCACAGCUGCUGACUCCCUUCGUCUUUCAGGCUCUUCUGGAAUUCGAGGAGCGUCAGGGUGCCGUCGUGUCCAAGAAACUGACCCGCAGGGAGAUCCAGAGGUUUCCCACCAAAACAUUCCAGCCUGCCAGCGGUCCCGGGAACACCCAGUGCCAGAUCUGUUUCUGUGACUACGCCGGCGGGGAGAAGCUCAGGAUGCUGCCCUGUUUCCACGACUACCACGUCCAGUGCAUCGACCGGUGGCUGAAGGUCAGAGUUCACAGAUUCUGCCUCCGAGUGUCUGUCUGUCUUAACCCAUAA